AACGGCCCUGCGACGAGUGUGUCGCCCGCAGCGCAGCGCAGCGCAGCGCUGCAUCUCCCUGGCCUCCCACCGUCCCCCGUCCCCCGUCCACCGUCCACCGUCCACCGCAAGGCAGCUGCAUCCGCGCAUGACGACUGCCAUGCGUCAGCGUCAUCACCACCAUCCUCCGACCUCGUCUUGAAACCCCCAGCAGCAGCGCGAGAGACCGCCCGAACAUCGCAUUUGCUUCCGCACUGCUUUUCUUGCCUUGGGCCACUAACGCCAUGACCGCUCAGUCACUGCAAGUCGUCACCCUCUGCAUACCCAACCCAGAAUGGCAGGGCUUCGGCACCGACGAUCAGACAACUCGCGUCAAUGCUUCGCUAUCCUUCAACUACCUCACCUCCUUCAACAUUCGCACCCUCUCCACCCAAAGCGCGAGCAACGGCAACGAUGUCACCGGCCUGAUGUAUGUGCCCGACCUGCCGCGCGACAGUGCUUGCGUGAAUGCGAGCAGCCCAUACGUCCCGCAAAAUGUCACCAGGCAGGCCAAUUUGCCCAACACAGAUUACGAUCUGAUCGCCAUGGUGCCGUGGCUGACACCACAAUGCUCGCUGGAAUACAUGGAGGCAGCCCGACGCGAUCCCGUUCGCGGCAUGGUCUUCUUCACACCCGCCAACCACACGGGCACGCCUCCCGAUGAGAAAGACCCCAUGUGGGACAUCCCCAAUGCUGGAAGCUGGAAGCAGAAGAAUGGCUUCCCCGUGUAUGCCAUCAAUGGCGCCAGCGGCGAAAUCCUGUUGAACGCAAGUGCCCAAUACAGUGGCAACAUGACUGACGUACCCUAUGGCCACCAGCUCACCGAGUUCUACGACGCUCGUGACUACGUUCGCUUGUACAUGGAUAUCGAUACCGGGAAUGGCACUUCGCUCCCAUCACUAUGGGUCUUCCUCCUUGUGGUACUCGGCAUUUUGCUAUUUAUCAUCGGCGCGACGAGUCUUACCAUGCACUGGCUGCAGCGUCGUAGACGACAGUCCCUGCGUCGGCGCGUCAUGAGCGGCGAAGUCGACCUGGAAGCACUUGGCAUCAAAAGACUUACAGUGCCUCAGGACCUCCUCAGUGAAAUGCCACUUUACACCUACGGAACUGGUGCUGCCGUGGCCGAAGUCUCAAAAUCUGGAAACUCCAACAAACAGGCAAUGCUGGACGCCGAGAAGCUUGACGGUACAACUCACAGUGAAUCGGUCAACUCGUCGAUGAACUCUAUCGGCCGGCCUACCCCUGCCCGCACUGCAAGUUACCGCCCGACACCAUUGUCCCAACCGACUUGCGCGAUUUGCCUCGACGACUUUGUAGCCGGUAGCGCUGAACAGCAAGGCACCGUCGUGCGCGAGCUUCCUUGCCACCAUAUCUUUCACCCAGAGUGUGUCGACACUUUCUUGCGAGAUAGCAGCAGUCUAUGCCCGAUGUGCAAAAAGACUGCUUUACCCAAAGGCUACUGUCCUCGAGUCAUCACGAAUGCGAUGGUUAGGAGGGAGCGCAUGAUCAGACAAGUUCGAGAACGUGUCACUUUGGAUCCCGACACUGUCGAGGAUGAUGUCGAUCCGACAUCUUUUGGCCAGCGUGUUCGGAGAAUGCCAGGAAUUCGACACUAUCGACAAAGCCGGAUGAACAGCAUGACGCCCGCAACCAAUAGCCAGCAAAUGACCCAAUUUGGACCGGCCCCAGCAACAGCGAACAGCGGGAUACCUCUGCAACGCCCGGACGCUUCGACUGCAGAGAUACAGCCUGUGCAACAGGUACAGCCACCAGCCAGUGCCAGUCAUCGCAAUUGGGCGCAGAGGCGGGCAGAGAAUAUGCUUGGACGCCGGGCGCCUGAAGAUCCAGAGGCGGAAGAAGCACAGCGGUCUUCGGCGUGGCGAAAAGCUCUCCAUGGACUUUUCCCGCGAAGAUGAUGAUCUUGGACUUCAUAUCUCGAAGGCUCAGAGAUGGUUUCGGUCAUUGCUAUUUCAUUCAUUUAUGAUACCCCACAUUGAAUUGUAUAUUUGUACAUAAAAACUGCGCAUUCGAGCGAGGCGUCUGGUUGGUUGUAUUUACGGCAUUGCGGCAAGGUUGGUUCUGAGGGAGGAUGAACCGUGAAGCCAUUUCAUGAGACACGAUGACACCAAAGGGCAGGCAGACAACAGCUUCGAAGCAAAUAUUUUUACUAGCGAGAGGAAAGCAAGCAUUCAUUUGUGCUGCCGGUUUCAGAAUCCGGCGAUACGCGCCUUC